AUGCCUAAGUCCUCUCUCUGCCAAAUGGUCCGCUCCAUAUUCGGAGACAAGCCAGUGCCUUUUGGUCCUGCUCACCCAGACAAGCACUCCGUCUACAUCACUCAUGACCUUGUCAGGUCUGUGAUGAACGUCAUCGCCGACAGGAAUAUUCCAUGGCCUAUUGACCCCGAAUACCGCGUCGAGAUGGUCAUGGUCAAGGUUCCAGUCAAUUUCUGUCCGCAAAACAUCGUUAAUGCUAUGCCCCCUGACCGCCCAGGAAGACAUCCCUAUGCUGUUGCCAUUGCUAAGGCUAGGUUCCAACGUACCCCUGAGCACCCUGGUGGUGAACUCGUUGCGCUCGCGAUGGCGAACUGGAAUGAGAUGGCUGUGGGCUUCAGUCUGAAGCCCGGAGAGCAUGUCUCUGUUGUUCCCCUAACAGAUCGUACACAUAAGAAUGAGGGAACUUAUUAA